UGUGCCACGCCGGCGUCUCUUCCUCUUUGAUGACUAGGCCUGUUUUCAAGAUGGCGCCGCAGAAAGACAAGAAGGUUAAGAAGACAACCUGGAGGUUUAACUUGGAUCUUACUCAUCCUGUAGAAGAUGGAAUUUUUGAUUCUGGAAAUUUUGAACAGUUUCUACGGGAGAAGGUUAAAGUCAAUGGGAAAACUGGAAAUCUGGGAAAUGUUGUUCACAUUGAACGUUUCAAGAAUAAAAUCACAGUUGUUUCUGAGAAACAGUUCUCUAAAAGGUAUUUGAAAUACCUUACAAAGAAAUACCUGAAGAAGAACAAUCUUCGUGAUUGGCUUCGAGUUGUUGCAUCUGACAAGGAGACUUACGAACUUCGUUACUUCCAGAUUAGUCAAGAUGAAGAUGAAUCUGAGGCUGAAGACUAGGUGAAGCCUCACCGCAGGGUUUUGCUUACUUAUAAAAUAAAUGCAUUGCACAAGAUGAAGAAACAUCUAGAAAUGGACUUUUAGUUUAUUAGUGAAUAAAAGCAUUGUAUUCUACAACA